CAUCCCACCACAACGACGGCAGCCGCAGCCGCCGCAGCAGCUGUGGCGGCAGCAGCAGCAGCUAACAAUGUGGCAGCGCAGAGUGGCGGAGUAGUGGUGCCCACAACGGCAAGUGCAAGCAAUAAUAGCGCGGCGGCACAGCAACACCAACAGCAGCAGCAACAACAACAGCAACAUCAACACCAGCAGCAGCAGCAGCAGCAGCAACAACAACAACAGCAUGCACAACAUGGCCUUUCACCGCCACAAACAGUUACACUUUCCAUAACAUUGCCACCAGUAGCACCGCUGCCCAGCGCCACCGCAGCAGCGGCGGCAGCAGCUGCAGCGGCCGUAGCGCAUCAUCCAGUGCAGGCGCAUCAGGCCUCACAUGUGGGCGGCGGCGCGAGCAUCUGUGGACCGCCAACACAUCUGCCGCCAGCGCAUAGCGGCGGAGGAGGCGGCGGCGCACUAGGAGUGCAGCCACCGCCACCACCACCACCACACACACUGUCACACGCUAUUCCUAUACAUCCCCACAUACACUCAAUAUUCGGAUCUCUAUGAUGUCAUCAAGCAGCAGCCUAAUUAUAUGAUGAAUUUGAGUACAUAUAACUGAGAAGCCAACAAAAAUACAACAACUAACAAACAAAAAAAAAAAAACAACAAUAUUGAAAAUAAAUUUAAAUGAGCACAUAAAAACGAAUAAUGCUAAAAAUUAAAAAAUAAAUUUAACUUGCAAUAACGGUACACCUACUAAACUACGCAAAUAGCAGCAAAAACACGCAAAUUAUUGUAACACCUACUCAGUCACUCACGCAAUUUCCGUUACUCCAGUGGAGUGCACUGUUGAGCGCUGAUUUCGCUAGAUUACACAAAACUGUAUUCACACGCAUACACAUACGAUAUCUGCAUAUGGAUGUAUGUAUAAUGUUGCCAAAUUAAGCCAACAAAGCGUACACGCCUACUUCUGUUUUUAAAUACUACCACACAAACGCAUGCGUACAUACAUACUUAUCAUUUACGUUGAAUGGUUUCAAAUGCGAAAGAAAAUACAUUUUAAUCUUAGUUGUGUAUUUAUAAUAACAGUAACGCAUGAAAAGGCAAAGCGGAGUGUAGUUUGAAAAUCAGAAAAUCACAAAAAGCAAGUAACUAAAAUACAAAAAAUGCGUCUGAAUAAUUGUACCGUAAAGAGCACUAAAUUCUUGUGUGUAUUAGGCGUAUCUGCAUACUACCACUACCAAUUACCGUUUUAUACUUAUACUACUAUUUUUAAUGCUACAUAUUUACGACCGUGCGUACUGUGUGAACGAACAAUUCUGCAAUGACAAACAGAACACUUGUUUUUUUUCUAUUGUAAACCACUUUUGAUUUAAUUUUAUUUUGAACAGCAAGAAAUGUUAACGAAAAUUGCUGCAAAUAUGCAAAAUAUAUUCAAUGAAAAUCUAAGCAAAUGUUUCUCCUAUACGGGCCUGCUUAUAUGUAAUUACUACUACAUAUACAUAUAUAAAAUAACUAUAAUUUCUAAUAUUUUUAAUUUUGUAAGCGAAAACUAAGUUUAAAGCAUAAAAGCGUGUGAAGUAACAGCAGAGCAAGUGAAAAGUAGCUUUUAAUUUUAUUAUAAUUCUCUAUCAUUACUACUACUUAUAUGUAUACAUACAAACAAUAUUAUUUUUCAUAUAAACACGCUCACACACUCAACUACUCUUAAACAUUUUCACCACUCGCGCCACACCCACACACAUACAUUCAUUUAUGAGCAUACAUUUAUGAGUAAAAUGCGUUGAUUUGUAUGCCUGACUUACAUACUUACAUACUUGCAUAUAAUGUGUAGUUUAAACCAUAACAACAACAAUAAAGCAUGCCAUUUACAGCGUGCGCCAGUCUUUUCGAAAAGGACUCUAAACUCCUUCAAAGCAUUAAGAGACGGAAAAACAAAUUGAAUACAUUUAAAAGGUAACAGUAAAAAAUCCAUACAACCGGAAAUUACAUAACCAAAUAAUAGACAAUAUGAAAUAGUUGAUUGAAACAACAAAAAAACAGGCUAACAAAAGGAAAAACCGAAAUGCCAAUAAUAAAGUAGUGCAAGUAGUGGUGUCGUAUGUGAGCAGCUGAGCGGCAUUACCACGAUCUCACAAGCCUUUGGGCGAUGUAGUUCUUCCAGUAUAUUUGGCCAGCUUAACAACAACAUUUUCAAGGUCCACAUGACCGCAAGAAGACUAACUGCUUACCUAGAAUUGAUCUCUGUUCGAAUUUUUUUAAUAGCAAUUUGGCUUCAACACCGCAUUGCACCUAAGAGGAGAGAGAAGCGAUAUCUGUGGCAUAAAUAAACACUGUAAUAGCCUAGGCAGACGGCGGCGUAAUCGGGUUUACCGGCGCAGUUAAUUCUGAUGAAAAUUGUAGCGUGACAGACGCUUGUUACGCGGAUUAGAGAACAGCUGAUUUGCUUAUUGGUUAGUUUUGUCAGUAACAUAUGGAUCGUAUUUGUUGUCAAACACGGGUAGUAGCUGGCCUGAUACUACGAAACACCUUAUAUACUUAGGCGUAGUACUGAGCAUAAAUAAGGAUGCAUUCUUAUGACCGUAUUUGACCAUAUCAAAUUUGUGAAGUCUUCAUUGAUAUCAAAGGAACAAAAGCUGCAGAUGUACAAGAAAGACGACAUACGUAAAAUGAGAAUCUCACAACACAGAGCCGAAGCGGGCCGUCGAUGAAUAAUGGUAUUGUUGAAAAGGCAAUGGUCCGCUCCGGAUUGUAAUGUCAAUAUUGAUAUGUUAUUAAGAAAUAAUUAUUUAGUUAAAAGAUUCUUAAAUUGCAAUUUCUCGAACUGCUCCAAAAGAUCAAGCAAAUUAACGUAAUUUCGAACGAGUUAGUGCAAACUAGCAUUGCAUCCAGUCUUGCUUGUUCUUCUCUUUAAAACUUUUCCGACGUUCGAACAAAUCUGAAUAGAUCUUGUGGUGCCAAGGAGCUACGGUGGUCGUUUCUUAACAUCAGUGCCAAAGGCCUUAAGCAUAAUUCGAGCGAAGGCCAGGCAGAUGCACAGAAAAUAGUCGUCUCAUCCUCCUCUCCACAUGCUAAGCAGAGUGCAAUGUGUGAAAUGCCUACCUUUUCCAUGUGCUUCGCUUAUAGAAAGUUAUCAGUCCAAUUAGCUAAUAGCUGCUUAAUGACAAGUCGCAGAUAGUCGGUCGGCCGCGAAUAUUUAGUCGGCAUUUUGAAUCAACUACUAUAGGUAAACACACACAAUGAAAAAAUGCAGCUCUCUUCUAGGAAUGACUUCAAAUCCAAAAAGUCUGAAAACUGUAGGCGCCUCCGCAUGUAGGACUAGAUCAACAAGUGCGCCAAAAAUUGGAAGAGAAGCUCGGUCAAAUACCUAAAAAAGAAUGUAAACGCCGGAAAUCGAGUCGAAAUUUUUUAGUAUCAGCCCAGCUCAGCACUAGCACUUGAAUAAAAAUAUGAAAUUAGCAAUAGUUAAGCCUUUGGUGCGAUUCUCAUGCAAUUUUUAAAAUUUGCUGAUUUUAAAACAAAAGCAAUUACUGGUUUUCGAAGCAGUAAACAGAGCUGACUUAAAAAACAAGGAUAUAGCUUUUUACAGUCAAACGAGAUGAAGACGACUUGAAGGUCUAGUUAGCAGUUACCAGUUAGAUAAAAAAUCUUUUCAUCUAAAAUCUGAGAAAAUGUAUCUAAAAACAGCUAGGCUUACCAUUUAGCCACCAUUGCAGAGGCUGUGAGGACCUUUCAGAGCAGGAGACUGUUGAGCACUGCCUCUGUAGAUGUCCGGGUUUCGCAGGGAGACGAUUAGUGUCGCUGAGUGCUACUUUCUUCGACUGCCUGGGGCAGUGCGCCGAGCUAAGUCGCAUCAAUCUUUCCCAUUACCUCAACAGCUCUGGCUGGCUGUAGAUAUUUGCCUGUUAGAGGUCGCAUAACGCUAUCAAAACGGCGGUUUAAAGCUACGUGGGGUGUGCCAGAGUGGUACUUAAACCAUUUCAGCUACUUAGCUAUCUAAAAUUGGGCAUUAACUCAAAUCGUAGACGUCUAGUUUUAUUUAGCGGAAAAUCACAUACAGCUACUAUGAAUUGUGUAGUUCGGUUUUUCCUCAUUUCUAUUGUUCUUCCAACAAUGGCAUUAAAAACACGUUCAAACAAUAGUCACACCUACACACACAUGUAUACAUACCUACGCAUAUGCCUUUUGUUUUCUUCAACUUACACUACUCGUAUUAAAAAACUGGUUUUAAAAGGCAAGGCAAGAUAAAAAAUUAAUUAAAUUUAGUUUUAAAAGCAAAUACGUUCGCAUAGUUUUUCGCUUAAGUGAUAUAAAAAUUUUUAAAAUAAUUGUAGACAUACAAGAAAUACUUUAAUACUUUUAUGGUUUACUAUGUUAACGACUCACAAGCAUACAUACAAACAUAUGUACGUUAAGGAAUGAAGUAAGAUUUUGAGCGCGCAAGUUGAAGUCGUACUAGGCGCGCUAGAGGAAGAACAAAAAGAAGAAAGAGCGGCAACAGCGGCAGCUGAGCAUAGCUGAGUGUUGCAGCAAAGUGAUGAGCAUGAAGAAAGUGUCGAAAAAAUGACUUUUACUUUAUGUUAAAUUUAACUUGAACUUGAUACUUUAUUUUAAAUUAAAAUUUGAUAUAUUAUUUUAUAAAAAAAAAGAGAAAAAAAAACAAUUUUUUAUAAAUACAUUUUAGUUUGUCACAAAUGAGUAUGCAAUUAUAAUUUUUUCGUUAACGUCGUUGUGCGCAAGCAAAAUAGUUUUUCUUAUUACCACGUAACUAAUAUUAAUGUAAUAUUUUUUCACAGCAAAAUGUGAUUUGAUUUUUCAUGCCUUAUUUUGAUAAAUGCCUUUAACUCCUUUUAUUUGUUUUAAUUUUUAUUUAUUAACAAACAUUUGAAAAAUACUUAUUUAAAGCGUGAAAAAUGCGUAUAAGCAAAUGUCUUCCCAAUUGUAAAUUAUUUAAUAUUUUUUUCAUUGCUGUUUAAGUUUUGUAAUUUUAUGCUGUGUUUACUUGUAUACUCCCUAUAGCGUGCAGCCACACUAGAAAAAGUCACUUUGAAUAUGUCCCUUAAGAAAAAUUUAUUGGAAGUGCUUAGCACGUUUUUUUUUUCUUAAAUUCCUUGCUUACUAAAAGCGCGAAAACUUUUGAUUUUUUGUGCGCAUAUUUCACGGGAAAUAUAACUCGUUAGGUGCCAUAAAAGCAGCAAACAUACAUAAUCGAUAUGUUAACAAUGCAAAGCGUUGAAGUGAUGAUGUAAGGCAUUACCUGGUAAUGCCAUGUGACACGAGUUGGCCAAAACUAUAUUGCAAAUAUUUAAACAAACAAAAAAAAACUAAUGCGCAAAAAACAGGUUCGCGCUUUUGCAGACAAGCGAGCGUGUGAUUUCAAAGACUUUUCGUGUGGGUGCGCUAAGUUUUUCCCCUGGCAGCAAGUGAGAGAGAUUUUUUAAUUGUAUUGUAAAAAUAAUUCAAGAAUUUCGUUAAGUGUGAAUAAAUUUGUAUGCCUUAUUUUUUGUAUUAAAUGGAAAAACAAAAACGUAUAUGAAUUCGAGUUCGAUUUUGUAUAAUAUAAUUUUAUUAUUUUAUAUUUUAAAAGCAUUUAUAAUUGUUAAAUUAUUACAAAGCAAAAAAAAAAAAAAUUAAGUAAAUAUGUUUCCUAAUGAGCAAAGUAAUGAUUUCUUGCAAAACUAUUUAUAAUUUAAAGCAGCAUAUACGUACGAAAGCAAACAACACCAGCACACACACACAAAAACCUUAUUAAACGUACAUACAUACAUAUAAAAUACAAUAUUGAAAAUCUAUAUAUCUACUAUAUAUAUAUAUAUACAUACAUACACGCAUACAUGCAUACAUACAUACGUGCAUAUGUAUGUAUAUGCAAUGUGACGUUGUAAUGAAAUGAACUUAUAAUUUUUCUUGUUUAUUUUUUUAGUUAGUUAAGUUUUAAAGUAAAUCAACUUGCAUCUUACAAAUGUUCGCUGAUGAGAAAAAAAAUAUUAUACAUACUUUUAAAUAAAAAUAUAUAUAAAUUUUUUGAA